AUGGGGCGGCUGCCGGAGCCCGAAGCGCCCAAGAAGGGCCGGAGAAAAGCUCCAAAACCCACCAAAAAGCCCAAGGAGAGAGCGCGGGGCUCCAAGAAGGACAAGGAGGGGACAGACAAGGAGCGGGACAACAGGCAAGAGCCAGGACGGGGACAAGCCCCCCAAGAGCCAAGGAGAAGACCCCAAAAGGCUCCGAGAAACCCCCAAAGGCUCCGAGAACCCCCAAAAGGCUCCAAGAAGCCCAAGGAGAAGCCGCCCAAGGAACCACCCAAGGAGAAGCCACCCAAGGCCACCAAGAAGCCCUCGGGCACGACCCCGGAGCCACCGGACACCCCCUGGGAGCCCCCGGCCCCGCACCCCCCGCGGGAGGAGGAGGAUGGCAGAGACCGAGGCGGGCUGGAGGAGCUGCCGACGGAGCGCUGGGAGCUGGGGGGGGAGGACUGGCACCCCCUCCCGAGGCUGAGGUCCCCGCGGAGCCGGCCGCCGACGCUGGACUACAACGAGCAGCUGGAGCGGGAGGACUACGAGACUGUACGGUUCAUUCGGCGGCAUCAGAAACCCCGCAAGCCCCCCAGCAGGAAGAAACCCGAGCGAGUCUGGCCCCAGCCGGAGACGCCACCACCCAAGCCGGAGGAGCCCCCUGCCCCGCUGCCUGCCCCUGUGACCGAGGGGGACUACGAGGAGGGCUUCGAGCGACCCAACUACGAUGACCUUGACUACGGGCUGCCCCCGCCACAACCCAAGAAGCAGCCAGAGAAAGAGGAGGAGAUGGAGACGGACGAGGAGAAACUGAAACCCUGGAAACCCAAGAAAGGCGGCGGCGGCAGCAAGGAGGAGGAGGAGGAGACCUUGGAGGAGAAGGGCCGGGACCGCAAAGGAAAACCCAAAAAACCAGGGGGGAAGAAGUGGGAAACGGAUGAGGACGAGUGGGCACCGCCGGAGGAGAAGACAGUGAAGUGUCCCCCCAUCGGGCUGGAGUCCCACCGCAUCGAGGACGACCAGAUCCUGGCCUCCUCCAUGCUGCGCAACGGGCUGGGCGCGCAGCGCGGCCGCCUCAACAUGCAGGCGGGCGCCAACGAGGACGAUUUCUUCGACGGCGCGUGGUGUGCCGAGGACGACAGCCGUGCGCACUGGCUGGAGGUGGACACGCGCCGCACCACCAAGUUCACCGGCGUCAUCACCCAAGGGCGCGACUCCCAGAUCCAGACUUUUGGUCACCAAAUUCUACGUGGCUUCAGCAACGACAGCCAGAGCUGGACCAUGUACACCAACGGCUACGAGGAGAUGGUAUGUUUUAGUGGCAACGUGGACAAGGACACGCCGGUGCUGACCGAGUUCCCCCCGACGCACCGUGGUGGGCGCGCUACAAUCCGCAUCUAACCCGCGACGUGGACGGGAGCCCUUUGCCUGCGCCUGUAGGUCCUGGCUGUCCCCUCUUCCACCAUCAGCAGCUACUACAGCCAGCAGAACGAGGUGACCUCCGCCGACAACCUGAUUUCCGCCACCAACAGCUACAAGGACAUGAGGCAGCUCAUGAAGGUGGUGAACGAGGAGUGCCCGACCAUCACCCGCAUCUACAACAUCGGCAAGAGCUCGCGGGGGCUGAAGAUCUACGCCAUGGAGAUCUCCGACAACCCCGGCGAGCACGAGACGGUGGAGCCCGAGUUCAGGUACACGGCGGGGCUGCACGGGAACGAGGUGCUGGGCCGGGAGCUGCUGCUGCUGCUGAUGCAGUUCCUCUGCAAGGAGUACCAGGACGGCAACCCCCGCGUGCGGAGCCUGGUGACCGAAACCCGCAUCCACCUCGUGCCCUCCCUCAACCCCGACGGCUACGAGCUGGCCCGCGAGGCGGGCUCCGAGCUGGGCAACUGGGCGCUGGGCCACUGGACGGAGGAGGGCUACGACCUCUUCGAGAACUUCCCCGACCUGGCCUCGCCGCUGUGGGCAGCCGAGGAGCGGAAGCUGGUGCCGCACCGCUUCCCCAGCCACCACAUCCCCGUCCCACAGCACUACCUGGAGGAGGACGCCACGGUGGCGGUGGAGACGCGCGCCAUCAUGGCCUGGAUGGAGAAGAACCCCUUCGUGCUGGGAGCCAACCUGCAGGGCGGGGAGAAGCUGGUGUCCUACCCCUUCGACGCGGCCCGGCCCCCCAGCGAGACCCCGGCCGCCCCGCGCCCCCCGGAUGACUACGAGGACGACAACCCCGAGCUGCACGAGACCCCCGACCACGCCAUCUUCCGCUGGCUCGCCAUCUCCUACGCCUCGGCCCACCUCACCAUGACCGAGACCUUCCGCGGGGGCUGCCACACGCAGGACAUGACCGACUCCAUGGGCAUCGUGCAGGGGGCCAAGUGGCGCCCCCGGGCCGGCACCAUGAACGACUUCAGCUACCUGCACACCAACUGCCUGGAGCUCUCCGUCUACCUGGGCUGCGACAAGUUCCCGCAUGAGAGCGAGCUGCAGCAGGAGUGGGAGAACAACAAGGAGUCGCUGCUCACCUUCAUGGAGCAGGUUCACCGCGGCAUCAAGGGCCUGGUGACGGACCAGCAGGGAGAGCCCAUCGCCAACGCCACCAUCGUCGUGGGGGGCAUCAAGCACAACGUCAAGACAGCCAGCGGCGGGGACUACUGGCGCAUCCUGAACCCCGGCGAGUACCGCGUGUCGGCCCGCGCCGAGGGCUACAACCCCAGCGUCAAGACCUGCAGCGUCUUCUACGACAUCGCCACCCAGUGCAACUUCGUGCUGUCGCGCUCCAACUGGAAGCGCAUCCGCGAGAUCAUGGCCAUGAACGGCAACCGGCCCAUCCGCCGCAUCGUGCCCGGCCGCCCCAUGACGCCCCGCGAGCACCUGCGGCUGCGCCAGCGCCUGCGGCACCGCAUGCGGCUCCGGCAGCAGAUGAGGCUGCGGCGCCUCAACGCCACCACCACCACCCACGGCCCCACGGCCCCCCCGGCGCCCACCACGGCUCUGCCCGGCCCCUUCAGCAGCACCACCUACGCGCCCUGGAGCCAGGAGCCUCCCACCGCCGGCACCUGGGAGAUGGAGACCGAAACGGAGGUGGUGACCGAGCUGGUGACGGAGACGGAGGCUUGGGAGGUGGGCACGGGGACGGAGCAGCCCUUCACCACGGCCGAGACCUACACCGUGAACUUUGGCGACUAGGGGACGCCCGUCCCCUCGCUCCUGCCUCCAGGCGCUCGCGCUUGGUCGAGUUUCGCCCGCUGCAGGCGCCGCCACCCGCUUCCACAGCACUCCUCGCCCGCGCCGGGCAGGCUGCAGCUCCCACCCGCCUCGCUUGCCAGGACCACGGCCACGCCACCCCGACGCCUGCCCCGAAGGCCGGCAGCUGCAGCGCGUCCCCCGGGCUGGGCUCGGGCGAGGACGCAUGGCCCUGGCCACAGGGACCCAGCGGUGCCACCGCGGCCGGGCGAGGAGGACGCAGCCCGGGUCCCCGGCACCACGGCUCAGCCGGGGCGGUCGCGCUCCCCAGGGCAGGGCCCUCGCAGCGCCAGCCCAGUCCCCUCCACGCGGUUUUGUUACACAAAUAAACCAAGCUGUAUUGGUA